AUGAUUACGCUAACUGAACUCAGAUAUUUAGCAGACGCUCAGUCAUCCUACCACAUAUUAAAACCAUGGUGGGAUGUCUUCUGGUAUUACCUCACCAUGAUUAUGCUGCUGGUUGCUGUACUAGCCGGGGCUCUCCAGCUCACUCAAACUAGAGUGUUGUGUUGUCUUCCUUGUAAGCUAGAAUUUGACAGUCGUUGUGCAGUGCCUUGGGAUUUGGUUAAAACCAACCUUAACGUGUCCUCUAGUUCUGCCACACAAAUAAUUCUCCCUUCGAGAAUCCAGAAUGAUCUUCAUCGGCAGCAAUAUUCCUACAUUGACGCAGUGUGUUAUGAGAGACAGCUUCAUUGGUUUGCCAAAUUUUUCCCAUACCUAGUGCUUCUGCAUACUUUCAUUUUUGCAGCUUGCAGUAACUUUUGGCUCUACUAUCCUAGCACAAGUUCAAGGCUUGAGCACUUUGUAGCCAUUCUUCACAAGUGUUUUGAUUCUCCAUGGACAACACGAGCCCUCUCAGAAACAGUUGCUGAGCAGUCUGUGAAGAGUCUGCCACUAUCCAAAUCCAAAAUAUUGCUUUCAUCACCUGGGAGUCAAACGGAUACAGAGGCAAACAGGCAGUCUCUGCCAUAUACACAGCCUGGUUUAGAAACAACUGGAAGAGAGAACUCUUCGAGUGUUCUAGACAAAAAAGAAGGGGAACAAGCUAAAGCUAUAUUUGAAAAAGUGAAAAGAUUCAGAGUACAUGUUGAAGAGAAGGAUGUCAUAUAUAGAGUGUACAUGAAACAGAUUAUAAUCAAAGUAAUUGUAUUUAUAAUAAUAAUGAUUUAUGUCUCCUAUUAUUUAACUUUUAUUACACUUGAAAUUGAUUGUGUAAUUGAUGUUCAAGCCUUUACAGGUUACAAAAGGUACCAAUGUGUUUAUACCCUUGCAGAAAUUUUUAAAGUAUUGGCUUCAUUUUAUGUUGUUUUAGUGACCUUCUAUGGCCUGACCUGUACGUACAGUUUGUGGUGGAUGUUGAGAAGUUCACUUAAGCAAUAUUCUUUUGAAAAGUUAAGAGAGAAAAGCAAUUACAGUGAUAUCCCUGAUGUAAAGAAUGACUUCGCAUUUAUUCUUCACUUAGCAGAUCAGUAUGAUCCACUUUAUUCACAACGAUUCUCAAUAUUUCUGUCUGAUUUGAGUGAAAACAGACUGAAACAGAUAAAUCUUAACAAUAAAUGGUCAGUGGAAAAACUGAAAAGUAAACUAAUAAGAAAUUCCGAGGACAAGAUCGAACUUCAUCUUUUCAUGCUAAAUGGUCUUCCAGACAGUGUCUUUGAACUGACUGAAAUAGAAGUUCUAAGCUUGGAACUCAUUCCUGAAGCCAAGCUUCCUUCAAUAGUGACUCAGCUAGUCAAUCUCAAAGAAAUUAAUAUUUAUCAUUCAUCAUUAACUGUGGAUUACCCAGCACUAAACUUUCUAGAAGAAAAUCUGAAAACAUUGCGUCUAAAAUCCAGUGAAAUCGGAAGGAUUCCACUUUGGGUCUUUCAUCUAAAAAACCUCAAGGAAUUGUGUUUAACAGGAUGUUUUUUGCUAGAUUACCACAACUCUAUAUACAAUGAAGGUUUUCAGGAUCUAAAGAAUCUGAGAACAAUUUACUUAAAGAACAGCCUUUCCCGUAUACCUCAGGUGGUUACAGACCUAUUGCCUUCACUGCAAAACUUAUCUAUCAAUAAUGAGGGAAAUAAACUGGUCAUACUAAACAACUUGAAAAAAUUGGUAAACCUGAGAACCUUGGAGUUGAUCUCCUGUGAUUUAGAGCGCAUUCCACAUUCUAUUUUCACCCUAAACAAUUUGCAUGAAAUAGAUUUAAAAGAGAAUAAUCUCAGAACAGUGGAAGAAAUAAUGAGCUUUCAACAUCUCAAGAACCUAUCUUGCUUAAAAUUGUGGCACAACACCAUUUCAUAUGUCCCUGCGCAGAUCGGUGCAUUAUCAAACCUGGAACAACUGUACUUAAAUUACAAUAACAUUAAAAAUGUUCCACUGCAGCUAUUUCUUUGUAAAAAGCUACACUAUUUGGAUCUUAGCUAUAACAAGCUAACGUCUAUUCCGGAAGAAAUCAGUUAUUUGACAAAUCUGCAGUACUUUGCUCUGACAAAAAACCAUAUUGAGAUACUGCCAGAUGGAUUAUUUCAGUGCAAAAAGCUGCAAUGUUUACUUCUGGGACAUAACAGCCUGACGAGUUUGUCUCCUCGUGUCGGCCAACUGUUGAACCUUGUUCAGCUAGAGCUGAUUGGGAACUACCUUGAAUCGCUUCCUGCUGAACUAGAAGAAUGUCAGUCUCUGAAACGGAGUUGUCUAAUUGUAGAAGAAAGGUUGUUAAAAACGCUUCCACCUUGUGUGAGAGAGAGCUUGCAGACUUGCUUGGAUAAAUGUUAA